UUUAACUUACACUUUAUUUUUUAUUUGAAUUUUAUCUUUUAUUUCAGUUAGUUAAAUAAUAACUAGUUUAUUCAAUUGCAAGAUGUGGUUGAAGUUUUAAGAGACACGAAUGAUUUUUAAACUUUGAAAGUACUACUUCGAACAAUUUAUUUCAUAUUUCCCAUAUUAUUAAUUUUUUUUAUAGUUUCUGCAUUGCAGAAUUUCCAUUAGAAAAAAAUGCCACAUCAGUGAUACCUUCUUCGUGGAUUAAAACGAAGGAAGGCUCAACAUUUUGUUUGUGGCCCACUAAAUUAUCCAAUUCAGAGACUAGUAUAGCUAUUAAAAGGGGUGAUUCUCCUGAUGCGGACUGGGAAGAAAAGUUAAUUAUCAAGAUCUAUCCGAAAAAGAGAUGUGGCGGUACGAAUUAAUUCUAGUUUACAUGUUUCGCCCUUAUUUUGUUGUUAUUUAAUUUUCAUUUAUCUGUUUUUUUAUUUUUUAGUACCAUUCAAGAAAUGCCAAAACAAACAUUCUGCACUUUAUAAUUCAGGCUCAACCGGUCUUGAUACUGAAGAUACAGAAAAUGGUAAGUGAUGUGUGUCUAAAAAUGAUAUAUGCAGCCUUUCUUAUGCUUAAUUUCUGUAUAUUGUUCUGUACAGAUGAGAAUUCAAUAGAGAAUGCCGUGCCAAUAUUUCCCUCUCCGAUAGGGUAUAGUUGCAAGAGGCCAUCAAAGACGUCAAAGCCUCCCUGUGCCCCAUCCCAAUGUAAGAAGCAACGGCUGGAAGUAGGUUCAGAUUUAUCUGGUUUUAAGGAUGUUGGCAGCCAAAGCUCUUCAAAGGAGCCAAAUGAAUCAAAUUCAGCAUCUGCCAGUGAAGAGCACCUUAAUAAUGUCUCCCAAAAUAUUACAUCUUCAAAGUGUGCAGAGAAAAUUCAAGACUGAGGAAGAUUCAGAUGUCAACUCAUCAUCUGGUACAUCCGAUGCGGAAAGCUCUAAUUUUGAAGAUAAAGAUGCUGAAAGGAAUAAGAAUAAUACAUUAAUUCAGGAGUUCAAUGCUGAAAAUAAGAGCACUAAAGUAAUCGAUUCCUUUCUGGAUCAGCAAUUUAAGAAAAGUGGCAUUGAUACCACGAAUGAGUUGGGUAUUAUGAGUGAGUAUACCAUUCGACGUUUAUUCCGUUGGAUGUACAAAUUGAACUUGCAAAAUAAGCAACUCCAACAGUCGAUUGAGGAGUUGAAAUCCAUGCUACAAAGGAAAAGCUUUAAAACAUCUGCAACAGUAGUGCCAGAUCUUAUUUUACCAUGUGCUAAUCCGGAUGAAGUAAAACGCUUGGACGAAAAACUUCAAGAUAAAGUUGUUUUUGCAGAUUUUGUGGAAUUCCUGUCUACCAAAGCUGCAGGAAACACAGCACUUCAUAUUGGGUAUACUUUAAUAGGGCUUAUCAUGACACCUUAUUGUGGUGGAUACUAUACUUGGGAUGGACUUCACAAAUCAACAAAGAAACUUGCCGUGAAGUCUCACAGAAACCUGCACAAAACCUUAGAAGGUGAGGCUUUAUGUCGUCCUAUCACAUUGAAUCAGGCAUUAAGUUGUAUGGCAACAAAAGAUGUAUUUUUAAAAUUGUCAUCGUAAUUUGCAGAUGCCAUGAAUGCUUUAAUUGUAAAAAAUGAAGGAGGAACUGUCAUAGUGACAUCUGACGCCAUUAAGAAAAAGGCUGGUCGUUGGCUAACGACGUUUGAAACAAGACUCAAACCAGAAGACUCACAACCUGUUCUGCCGUGGAACAGUCAAUGAGUUUUUGAUAUUUAUGUACAUAUGAGCUGUUUUUUAAGUAGUUAUAAGUUCAUUUUUUUAAAUAUAAAAAGAAGACAUCCAUCUGUACCUAAAACUAGGCUUUCACUCAUUUUUUAAAAAUUGGACUUAUACCACUUAAAAAAACAGUUUAUAUGUUGUUCGUAUUCUGUGUUUGUACCUAUAAGACGUAAGUUUGUACCUAUUUUAUUUUAACAAUUCUUUGUUUUAUCCUCGAGCAAUUUAAUUAAUACUUUUUUGAGACUCACUUGCUGUUUGUAUUCUGUGUAUUAGAUGCAAGUUUGAACCUAUGUUUUGUUUUUACAUUUGUGUCCUGCAAUAGUUGCUCAUUUUUUUACAUUUGUAUGUGCAAUCUUAUUUGUAUUGUGUGCGUCAUACCUAUCUAAAUACAUCUUUUAAAUUUACAAUUCUCUGUCCUGUCCUGGAGCAGUUAAUAAUUAUUUCAUUAUUAUUUAUUUACCUAUUUUAUUGUGGCUCUUACCUUUUUCCCUCCCUACAGCUCCCUGAGGCCCAUCGACAUAUAGAAUGGACUGCUACUGGCUAGUGGAAGGAGGGCGUAGAGUGAGAUGAAGAAAAUAAGAGGAUACGUUCCAACUCUUUCUAGUAAAGUUUGAUUGGUUGCUGUAACGACGUCACCAAUCAGGGUUUAGAAUCAGAACGUGUCCUCAUAUUGUUUGCCUCUCACUCUACGCGUGCAACCUUCUUUCCACUAGCCAUCAGCGGUCCAUAUUCUGCAUGUCGAUGUUGAGGCCACUAUUGCGUUUCCCAAAAAAGAUUCUGCGAAACAAUCAACAAAACAUUCUGUGCAUAUCUUAUGCAUAUAUGCACACGAUAUUUAAAUGAAACAUGAGGAGAAUAUAGCUGCCAAACAUUCUAAGUAUGCCCUGAACGUAAUUUAGUUUCUUGCACUGGCAGAACAUUCAGGGAUAAUAUCUAGAGUGCGUGCUAAAGAUAUUCCCAACAUAAUUUUGACAUCGCCUCUAUCAUCAAUCCAACAGAUAUAUGAACUACAGAUAUUCUACAAACAUUCUGGAGACUAUCUCACAGGACAUCUUCCGGUCGGACUAUGUGCGCAUUGAGGCUAGUCUAUAAGACAUCUACCGACAAUGUUCUGAGGACAUCUAAAUGUCACUUGAGAUCAUCUUCAGAAUAUCUUUCAUACAUUCAUUUCCUCACUGGGAAGGUGAUUCGUCGCUUACAUUCUAAAUAGAAUCAACACAGGUCAUGUUCUGCAAGUGAGUUUGUAUUGUUAUACAUUUGCAUAUAUCUAAUAGUUUGGUUGUUAACGCUUCAAAUAUUGCGUAUAUCUAAUAAUUUUGUGUUAACGUGUUCGAAUAUUGUUUUUAGAAUAUGACUUAUUGUUAUUAAGAAUCGCACUUGAUAAGGACCGAAAACUUUGGCCGAAACGUAGUGCUUGAUUAUUCUGUACUUGCCAGCUUGGUCACUAAUAAAUAUCAAUUAUUUAGCUCGUAGGUUUGAUUCAUUGCAUUUUUUAAUUAAUUUUGUUAAUUUAAUAAUAGGGUUCCAAGUUACAUUUAUUGUGUUCUAUUUUUAGCUUAGUUUAAGUUUCAUUCAUUGCAUUUCAUACUUUCCUAUAUUACUUUGUUUUAGUUUUAUCAGCUUGUAUUUCACUUAUCGUUUCUUAGUUUUAAUAAAAAUGUACUAUUUUUUAAGAAUUGAAAGUUUAGAUUCAGUUUAUUUAUUUUAGUAAUUUAAGUUUUAUUAUUCUUAAUUUGUCGAUAAAAGUUUUAAAAUGACUUCCUUACCAUACUUAGACUUGUUUAAUAUGUUACGGUCUGAAGAUACAGCAUUAAAUGAUCUGUUACGUCCAGAGCUCCGUGAGCUCGAGGGAAGGGCGUAACACACGCCUCUCAAUAAUUGAGACACUCGGUCUCAAACUUGAGUCGAGCUGACUGCGAGUUCCGUCUGUAGGGUCAACGACCAAGGUCGAUUUUACCCUUAGAUUUGGAACAAGUCUGCUCGUUGGUCCCUUUUUAGGUAAGAGAAUUUAAUCUCUUUUACCUGGGAUAGGACCUGUACGACCUGUUGUGAGAAGGGGAGUGAUUGAGGUUUAUUCAAAUAAUUAGAUUUUCCUUGUUGCUUAAAAAAUUAACAUAUUAUAUUUGAAACGCAAUAAAAU